GGUUACCGGAGCCGUCGACCACACGCGGCUGCGUGCAGAUAAUGUGCUAAGUGUCUCUUCCCUCAAGUGGAAAAGAAUUAACAAUGGAUCCCCUCGUCUUCAUCAUCUGUCUUCUUCAAGUGUGCGCGGCGCAGGGCCCAGUCUACGUGAACCCCGGCUCCGGGGGCGGCCAGCCGGCUGCGGUGCAGAGCACGGGGUCGGCGCCACUGGUCACCCAGACGGUGUACGGCUUCCUCGACUUCACGACCACGAUCGGCAACACCGUCAUGAUCUUCUCUCCGCAGAGCGCCCCGCCGCCAGGAGCUGCGCCGAGCCCGAAACAGACCACGAAGACGACCGUGAUCGAGACUCGACCGCCGACCACCAGCAGCGCAGCGCCGCCCGCGGCCAUCAAGCCCAGCAAGACUGUCUCCAGCGACCCCACGUCGGACAAGAAAGCCCGACCAGCCUCCAACGUGGAGGUGCGCGUCGGCGCUCCGGCCACAGUCGUCUUCUCCAGCGUGGUCGAAGUGCGCAAGCCGGCCGCCUCCAGCAAGGUGCAGGUGCUGACCGGGCCGGCAUCCAGCGAGGUCCACGUCCAGAACAGGCCGCCCUCCAGCGUCGUCCACAUCGUCAAGGCGCCGGUGAGCAAGGUGGAGGUCCGCGGUCCCGCGCCGAGCGCCAGCCCUGUGCCGAGGCCCAAAUCGCCGCCCUCGAGCGUGGUCGAAGUGCGCGGCGGCGCCUCCAGCGUCGUCUUCUCGCCCGCGUCGCGGCCGCCCCCGCAGCUGCUGUCCUCCGUGGUCGAGGUGCUCUCCAGCUCCUCCAGCGACGACGAGCCGGCACUCCUGCUCGGCGACAACGCCCUAGAGCCCGAGUACGACUUCCUCUCCAGGCAGCCCUCGGAGGUCGUCGACGAGACCUAUAAGGUGAUCAACUUGAAGCCCAGCAGCAAGUUCCACCUGAAGGGACGCCAGUCGUCGAGCGUGCACCCGAACCACAAGUCGUCGAGCAAGCACGUGCUCGUCAGCUCGACGCGGCCAGGCUCGUCACCCAAGGUGCGGCCGACGCCCGUUUCGUCCUCUGCGCGCAUCCUCAAGACGGCGGCGCCGCGUCCGCGCCCUCAGGCGCAGCAGCUGGAGCCGACGCCGGUGGCCGGCACGCUGGCCGACGAGACGGCCGCCCUGCCCCUGGAGGCGCUCUUCAGCUCGGCGCCGGGCCUCACCCGCAACCAGCGCCGGCCGGCGCACCACCGACCGGGCAAGCACGACGAGGCCGCCGACGAGGCGCACGUCGCCCCCAGCGCCGCCCACGGCAGCCACGGCAAGCACGGCAAGAAGCACUCCUCCGCCCGCCAGCAGGCCGCCAGCGCCGUCAGGCCCACAUCCACCCAGAGGUCCGGCUUCCGCUCCACCAAGACAGGGUCGGGUAACAGCCGCUACUCGAGGCCCGAGGUGUCGACCGUGUCGGUGGUCCACGAGACCAGCACAGUGGCGGCGGGGCGCCGCGGGCAGAACCGCGACGCGGGGGCGCCGCCCACGCGCAGGACCUCCGGCGGCUCCGGCUACAAGGCCAGGAUCCAGGCGUCCUCCGCGGCAGAGCACGCCUCCGCCGGCACCAGCGUGUACAAGUUCAAGCUGAACCGGCCAAGCGGCCGCUGGCAGUACAAGACGACGCCGAAGCCGCGCGUCACCAUCCGGCGCGGCCAGCAGGAGGACGAGGAGAACGGCGUGGCCGCGGGACAGGCCGCCACCUCGCCACAGCCGCCCAGCGCCGCCUCCGCAGCGCAGCAGCAGCAACCACAGUUCGCCCCCGCCGCCACCCCACAGCUGCCGCCGCUGCAGCCCGAGCCGCAGGCACUCUCGAGGGCCGACACCGACGCCGACCACGACCUGGAAGGACCGUUGCCCCAGGGCGAGACGGAGCAGCAGCUGGCGUCUGAGGACAGGGCGACACUGCUCUCCAACCCAGACGGAGACGCCUCCCCACCGGUAGCCGAGACCAUCAAAGUCGAGAUUUCCACUCCCGCUGACUUCAAGGACGUCUACUACGAGAUAGCCACAAUCAAAUCGCCGUACACAUUCCAGGUGGGCACGGUGCGCAACACGCGCUUCAUCACGGUGACGUCGACGUUCGAGCGCCUGCUGGAGCCCAGCAAGACCGAGGCGCCCGGCACUGCGCCUGGAGGCGUGCCGACGGCGGCGCCCGCCCCCGCACCGGAGAACAUCCUCUCGCUGGAGGGCAGCCUGCCGCUGGAGGCGGGCAUGGCCACGCUGCCCGUGCUGACGCUGUCGCCCGGCACCGAGACGCCGCCGCUGCACACCACCACCGAGACCUUCAGCACGACCACGCUGCUGCUCAAGACGCACGUCCUGCCCAUCGUCGCCCCUGCCGGCAACACCACCAGCAGGUACACGCUGGUGCAGUCGUACCAGGUGACGCGUCACGUGACUGCGACACGCACGCUGCCGCCGACGCACCUCUUCCAGUUCGAGGCGAGCCGCGCGCUCACCGACCUGAGCUCGCACCUCGAGGAGGCGGGCUCCGAGCUGCACCUCGAGCUCGACCUGUCCGACAACCACCAGCAGGACGGGCAGCUGGGCCGCGAGGACCACGCGCGGCCCAAGAAGGCGCCCACGCCGGCGCUGCUGCUCGACGCCGCCAACAACCAGCAGCUGCAGCCGCUGCCGACGCCACCUCCGCAGCCGCAGCUGACUCCGGAGCAGCUGCAGCAGCUGGCUCUGCUGCGCUACCUCAACCCCGGCGCGGCGGCGGCGCUGCCGCAGGUGGUGACCACGUCGCGGCCCGUCCUGCGCAUCGAGACGAUCUUCGACUCGCACGUGGUGCCCGUGUACGACGGCCAGAGCACCGUCUUCAGCACGAUCCGCCGGCCCGUGGCCACCGUCAGCAAGACCGAGUUCGAGUACGGCACCGCCACGGUGGCGCCGCAAGCGCCCGCGCCGCAGCCGCCGCUCAGCCCGCUCAACCCUCUGGCGCCGUUCAACCCGCUCAACCCGCUGCAACCGCAACAACAGUUCGCAGUCACCUCGACGCCAGUUGUCACGCAAACGGUGGUCACCGAGACGGAGAGCAAGAUCCUGAAACUGACGUUCGGCGCAAAGACGGCGUACACGACCCUGACGUCGACGCGCGUCGUGCCGACGCUGCUGACGACGUACGUGACGACGUCCGUUCCCGUCCAGGCGACGGCGCCGCCGGCCGCCGCUUUUCCGGGAUUCUUCCCGUCGCCGUACGCACAGUUCCCGUUCGUCGGUUGAGCGUGUAGCCCGUGCGGGGGCGAAAUCGGCGCCCGAUCCCUGAAGCGGCUCUUCGAGUCGCCGCUACACUCGUCGCAUCGCAGGACACAUCACGCAGCCGCCCACCGCGACACACAGCGCUUGCUCAAAAGACGUGCCGUCACAUCGCUGCAUCCCUCUCACUGUGUC